GUGAAGGUUCCUGUGGCUUGCUUGAACAGCGCUGCGGUAACAAGGUACAGCUGCGACACUUUGUUGACCGGAUAGCGGAAAUGGCCCCGGUGCUUGCGGAGUGAGACAUGGGCUCAACGCCUUUGACGCCAUGGCUCGAUCCACCAACAGGCGCGACCAAGACGGACAAUCCCGGGUGAACGCCGCCAACGACGGCGGAGACGGCCGGGACCUGGCGGAGCCUCGGGAACUGUCUCUGGAGGAGGUGCUGAAGUCUUACGAGCAGCCCAUCAACGAGGAGCAGGCUUGGGCGGUGUGCUACCAGUGCUGCAGCCGGCUGACGAACACCCACCCGCCGGCCAACACUUGUGUCAAGGACCCGUCCGCCAUCCUCCUCCACAGGGACGGCACGGUGUCUCUAGCCCAGGAGACACCAGAUGAAGACGAAGCUGACUGGCUUCCUCUUCCAUCGAAUACAGAGCGACGGCUGGUCCAGUCGCUUGGUGUUGCCAUCUAUCGUGCCCUGGACUGGGGGCUGGACGACAGUGAGGAGCGGGAGCUGAGUCCUCAGCUGGAGCGCCUCAUAGAAUGCAUGGCAGGAGGAGACGAGGGCAGAAGUGAGGUGGACAGCAUCCGGGGAAGUACAACGUAUGAUGAGGGUUACAGUGGCCAGGAAGAGGAGGAUGAAGAUGACGGCGGGAUCAGGCUGGUGUCGACCUUUCGCCAAGUGAUGGCGAUGUGUGCUUCUCGGCUGGCCAACCCGAGCUUGGCUCCGGAGCACUACCAGGCUGUUUGCAGGGCUCUGUUUGUGGAGACGCUGGAGCUGCAGACGUUCCUCAUCAAGAUCAGAGACGCCAAAGAGAUGCUGAAGAGGAUCACAAGGGAGGAAUCUGUGCAAGAAAGGACCGCAACGGAGCUCGACAGCCUGAAACACAGAGACUGGGCCCGUCUGUGGGUGCAGCUGAUGAAGGAGCUCAGGCAGGGAGUGAAGCUGAAGAAGGUACAGGAACAGCCAUUCAACUCGCUGCCCACCGAGUUCAGCCUGACACCCUUUGAGAUGCUGAUGCAGGACAUACGAGCACGCAAGUUUCAGCUCCGCAAGGUCAUGUUGGAUGGUGACAUUCCGACUCGAGUUAAGAGAAACGCUCAUGAGCUCAUACUGGAUUUCAUCAGAUCAAGACCCCCGCUAAGACCCGUAGCGGAACGCAGUCUACCCCCUGCCCCCCCACAGCAACAGUCGCUCCACGAACAAGUCCUGGCUGAGAUCAAGCAGGAAAGAAAGCUGAGGCCUGUAGUCCUGCCCAGGUCUCGACCGUUUGGCUCAAUGCCAUGCUUGGCUCAGACCUGUCCUUGUAAUUCCAAAUCUACUUCCUGCAUCGACCUAUCCAUCUCGGAGCCUGGGUCGGCGUCCCAGGCGCCAUCUCGCCCUCGGAUCCUCCUCAAAGCCCCGACUUUAGCUGAGAUGGAAGAGAUGAACAUAUCUGAGGAGGAAGAGUCCCCUGACAACUCGGAGCUGAAGAGGGCAGAGAGCUCCCCAACACCGCUCAAACGAGAGCGCUCCUUUUCCGAACAUGACCUGGCGUUGCUUCGUGGCGAGAUUCCGCCCUCCCUCUCCGAAUCGGUCCAUUUUGGCGACAUGGUCAGGCCACGAUCGAGAACGCUGACAGGAAGUGGGCCGCCUCCUAAACACAGAGCGUUCUUCCCACUUGAUGACUGGGCAUCGACCUCGCCGGCACGCUUGUCUCUGAGCUCAGUCGACGAGGCCACGGAAGCACACGAAACGAUGUUCAGCUCCAGUGUGGAUGAUGAGCAUCAGUGGAUGGAGGAGUUCAGCCACCCGGUGGAGAGUCUUGCCUUAACAGUUGAUGAGGUCAUCAACGUGCGGCGAGUUUUGGUCAAAGCCGAAAUGGAGAAGUUUCUCCAGAGCAAAGAGCUCUACAACAACCUGAAAAAAGGCAAGGUUUGCUGUUGCUGCAGAAUGAGGUUCCCUCUUUUCUCUUGGCCAUCUUCCUGCUUGCUGUGCAAAAGGCCUGCGUGUGGUGCUUGCAGCGCAAAGAUGAAGAUUCCCUCCAAAAAGAUGGCGCAUAUUCCAGUGUACACAGUGGGCUUUCACAGCACUCCAAAGAACCAUGAACACAAAAGCAAAGUUUAUAAAUCCCUGUGCAAUCUGUCCCGCCGCUCCGUGGAAGAGGAGUUCCCCCACCUGUACGCAAACGGAUGCACGCUGCGUGACGUCUGUGCUGAAUGCACCAAAUUUGUCGCCGAUGUCAUUUCAUCCAGCCGUCGAAGCCUGGACAUUCUCAACAACACCCCCAAGAGGGAGGCCAAGAGUGCUGCUCUUCAGGGACCGCCAAUCCCACCAUGAGACCUUUCCUCACAGCGUCCUCCUUCACCUUCACUUUCGGCAAUCUGUUACCCACAACUACGUCACCUCCACACCAGCAGCCGAAUGACUCAUUGCUGAGCACUUUGCUGUGUUGCUCUUCAAUAGAUGACUUCCUUUAUCGACUACGCACUUCCUGGAGCUCACACACAACAUACAAGAGCAGAUGAAUGACUCGCUGAGGCAUAGUCGAGUGGCUUCAGUAUGCCAAGUGUGAAAGCCAUGCAGCAUGGAUAACUAAGCUGGCUAACUAGCAUUGUAGCUCCCUGCAUUUGCCUUAUUAUAUUGAGAAUGUCAGAUAUACUGAAAAGUAAUUGUACAUGUGUUUUUAAUCACAAUGGAUGUGGGUAGUAGGGCUAAGGCUAACCUUUAACCCCUAACCGUAACCUCACUAACCUUAACCUGACCAACCCCAACCCUAACCCUCGAUCCUUACCCAAACUUCUAACCCGACUAAUUCCUAAACCCCUAACCUCGAACCCAUCCAUCCAUCUUCUACCGUUUAUUCGAGGUCGGGUCGCGGGGGCAGCAUCCUAAGAAGGGAAGCCCAGACUUACCUCUCCCCGGCUACUUCGUCCAGCUCCUCCCGGUGCAUCCUGAGGCGUUCCCAGGCUAGCUGAGUGACGUAGUCUCUCCAACGUGUCCUGGGUCUUCCGAGGCCUCCUACCGGUCGGGGGUGCCCUGAACACCUCCCAAAGGGUGGCGUCCGGGAGGCAUCCUUACCAGAUGCCAGAGCCACCUCAUCUGACUCUUCUCAACGCGGAGGAGCAGCGGUUCAACUCCCUUUGCAUGUCCCGGUGAGCCUAGGAGCUACGUUGUCGGGGGCUUUUUUGCCCCUGGUAGGGUCACCCAUGACAAACAGCUCCUAGGUGAGGGACCAGACAAAGCACCGCUCAAAUAGACCCCAAUGAUGAGUAAGACAAAUGGACUUGGUUUUCCCUCGCCUGGACGCAGGUCACCUAAGCCCUGAACCCCAACCCUAACCCUGAUAACACCCCUAUCUUAACCCUAAUCUGACUAAUCCCUAAACCCCUAACCCUAUCUGUGAACCACAUAACUAUAACCCCAACGCACUUAACCUUAACCCCUAACCAUAACCCUACUCACCUUAACCUGACUAACCCCUAAGCCAUUACCUCAGACCUUACCCUGCUCACCCCCAAACCCUAGAUUCUAGCCCCUAACCUACCUCCUCACCCUGAACCUUCAACCUUAACCCCAAACGCUUAACCCUAACCCUUGAGUUUUAACCUGCUUAAGAAGAUUCCCAGCUGGACUGAAAGGGUGAACUAAAGGAUGAAAAAGAUGGAUUGUCAUGAUGUGGAAGCAAAAGCAGAAGAACCACAACUUUGUCACUUCCAUGCUAAUGAAACAUGAACUGCAAUAAAGUAACGGUACACAUAGCAUCUGUGUGUGCUAAUGCCGGUGUACGUGCCAGUCAUCACAGCACAAAUCAAUUCAGUCUAUAUAAUAAACAUUUCAGUAAAUGUGACGACAAACGUCUUUUCCACGAUGUCCAAGUAGCACGUAUCAAAUAUCAAAUGCUUUGUUUGCACCAAAACAUUGAGGCCUG